AUGUCUACACGCAUGGAACAAAUCCUCGCCGACUCGGUCCGCGACUGCACACCUUGCACACCGGGCACACCCUCGGUUGCACCUUCUCUCACAUAUUCGGAAGACUCAGAAGACCAAGAUGAAUUGCCACAACCACAAGAGCCGCACCGACGGCGCCGAGCUUCGACGAGGCUCAUCUCUCAGAGUGUGGCCGAUAUUCAGCGAAUUACCGGCGAAUCUACAACAGAAGUCAUCAAGAGGUGCUGUGGCGGCGGCUGUUGUAUGAAGUUGGGCCAGAAGAAGGAGGGCCUUGAAUAUGAGAACGUCCCUCACCCCGACAACGACGCCUUCCGGAGCCUCUGUCUUAAGAUCGGAGAGAUUCCUACGGUUCUCAACAAUGUCGCCGAAAUGCCACAGCAGACUGCUUUCUUGAAGCCGGUCCGUCGUACAUCAGACCGUCUACCUUCACCUACCGAUUCCGCUAUUUCCGUGAGUAGUGGGCGUGAGAGUGCAAACGCCUCAAACAACCUCGAUCACACCGUCGCCAAACUUGGUCUGGAGGACCUUGACACUUCGAUUCAGCCGCCCUCCUUUGUCCAGCCGCACCCACCCUACAACGUCUUCCCAGCCAGGAUCCACAAUACCCGAGAGUUGACUAGGGUCGGCGCGGAGAAGCGGACUUAUCACUUUGAUCUUGAUAUCACCGAUUACCCGGAAGAAGACGGCCUGGACUUCAAGGUCGGUGGAGCCAUUGGUGUCUCUGCUCCCAACGAUACUGAAAUGGUGGUCGAAGUCCUCGACCUUUUGGGAGUUCCUAGAUAUCUCCGGGACAAGCCAGUCCUUCUUCAAACCACCAGUGGACGUUGGCCCACAGUCUGGGGAGAUGAACAGGCACGAGAGCUUGUCACUACCCGCAGAGACUUGCUUACCUGGUGCUCAGACAUUCAGUCGUACCCGCCGACUAAGCACUUGUUAAGAGUACUGGCCGAGUACGCCAAUGACGCGAACGAGAAGAAGAUUCUCAUGUUCCUGUGUGCAGGUGAGGGCCAGGGCGUCUUUUGUGACUUCCGUACCGGCCCUCAUGUGUCGCUCGCCCAACUGCUUCACGCUUUCCCAUCGGCCAAGCCCCCUCUGGAUCUUCUUCUUUCUGUUCUGCAGCCUCUUAUGCCGCGUUUCUACUCUCUGUCAAAUGACCCUCAUGAGAACUUUGAGGUUCGGGAUGGAAAGCAGCACCGUCUGAUCGAGAUUGCCGUUACAGUCCACGAAACCAACGAUUGGCAAAAGGGCCAGAGAACUGGCAUUGGCUCCGGCUUCUUUGAGCGCCAGUCCCGCAAGUACACUGCUUUGCAGCGUGCUGGCAACCCCGCACCUCAGAUGUACAUCCCCAUGUUCAAGGGUCUGAUGGCAAAUCCGUUAGCAAAGCAGUUCGUGUCCGAUGGCCCGAUGCUUCUUAUUGGGGCUGGUGUCGGUAUCGCUCCGUUCCGUGGCUUUGUCCAACGCAGAUUAAAGAACGCCAACUGUGCCAACAAAGUGUGGGUGCUCCAGGGCAUUCGCGAUUCCCUCGUCGAUGAGAUAUACCAAGGUGAAUGGGGUGUGCACGAGAGCGACGUGAAGCGCAUCGUCGAGAGCCGAAGCGGUGAGGGCCGAUAUGUGCAAGAAGAAGUUUCCAACCAGGCUGACCUUGUCUGGUACGUCAUCAACUCCGUCGACGGUCGUGUCUUCGUCUGUGGCAGCUCCAAGGGAAUGGGCGAAGGCGUCGAGGAUGCGCUCGUCAAAGUCGCAAUGGCGAAGGGCAACCUCGAGCAAGACGAGGCACGAAGGUUCUGGGACCUCAAGAAGGAGGUAGGUCAGUACAUCGCUGAGACAUGGUAG